AUGCCGCAUGCACGGCGCACCGAAUAUCCAAAGGUGAAUUCUUCGUAUGAUCUUGAAUACGUCGAGGUACUUCACCGACACCAUAAGCGCACCCCCUAUGCUGCCAAUACCUUUCCAGUCGAGGGUUACGCAUGGUACUGCGACGAUGAAGCUCUCUUCUACUACGGUGCACCCUUACCGACCCACAGUGCCAAUCAUUCUGCCCGCACCUACUGGAGCGUAUACACCUCCUCAUCUAAUCCUCUAGCACCGCGGGGAUUUAACGGAACUUGUCAAUUUCCACAAAUCACCCGUGGAGGGCUUGACGACAGCUGGCAGCAUGGCAUUGAUCUGUACGGCGUCUAUCACGACCUGCUUGGGUUCCUGCCCGAGAAAUACGAUCCAAGUACUGUCAGUUUCCGAGUCACGAACAAUGUUAUCACUUCGCAAGUCGCCAGCAUGGUUACGUCGGGUAUGUUUGGCGGUGAAGCGCAUCAGAACUUAGCCUUGCUUGUUCAGCCUGCCAGCAUCGACAGUCUCGAGCCCGCAUACACUUGCUCCACGGCGAAUAACAAUUUCUCAGCGUAUGGCGUCGGUAGUAAUGAAUCAGGCUGGACUUCGCAUCUGAAUGCUGCCUCUGACUUAUUCGCAAAUCUUGAUACCAUUAGUGGAAUUUCGCCUACGGAUUCAGGCUUUCACACGUCCUUUGACCAUUACUUCGACAACCUCUCUGCGCGGCUCUGCCACGCAAAGCCGCUGCCCUGCAAUAUCAGCAACCCGUCUCUCUGCGUUACGCAGGCGAUGGCUAACGAGGUGUUUCGUUUAGGCCAGUACGAGUACAGCUACCUUUACCGCGACGCCGGGGCUCGCACACUUGAGUAUAGUACUGGCAAGUAUGGCAUCUGGGUCGCGGAGCUGGCCCAAAAUUUACGACACGCGAUGCAUGCAACUGACUCGGCGAGUACCGGUAAGAGGACGAGCAGUGGUAUUAGAUAUCGACACAACAUCGCCCACGACGGAAGUGUUAGUUAUAUAUUGAGCAUCUUGCAGAUCGAACAGAUGGUGUGGCCAGGCAUGGGAAGUGAGCUGAUAUUCGAGCUGUAUAAGAAGAAAGUGGACCAGCGAUACUACAUCAGAGUGUUGUGGGGUGGACAAGUGCUGAGAAGUAGCAACCCGACACUUGGUGUCUUGGACAUGCUUCAGGUAGAGAUACUCCUUGCCUAUUUUGACGGGCUUGUAGGUCAGAGAGCAAAGAAGAUACCUAGCAUCUGUAGCUUGUGA